AUGGAUAAUGGAGAUAAAAGUUGGAUGUAUCUCCUAAGAUGGACGGAUGAGUAUAUCCGUGGAGUGAACAAUUUUUUUGAUAAGGCAUUUGAACGAGCUUCCCAGGGAAAUAAAAUAUUAUGCCCUUGCAAAAAGUGUAUUAGUCGCUAUUGGCACUAUAGAAAUGUGGUGGAGGAUCACUUGGUUGUUAAUGGUUUUGUUGAUGGUUACACCAAAUGGGUUUUCCAUGGGGAAGGGUUUUCCUCUAGAAAUGCACCUCACCAAAGCAAUGAUGAUGAAGAAUGCGAGGCAGAGCAGGAAGAACAGAUGAGAGAGACUCUAUCUGAAGAUGCUAAGAGAUUUUUCAGAUUAUUAGAGGAAGGCAAACAAGAACUAUAUCCUGGGUGUGAAACCUUCACUAAAUUGAGUUUUACUAUUCGGUUGUACGUGUUUAAAUCCUUGCAUGGAUUGAGUAAUGUGGCCUUUUCAGAUAUGCUAGAGUUGUUAAAAGAGGCAUUUCCCUUUGCUCAAUUGCAAGAAUCUUUCAACAAGGCUAGAAACAUGAUAAAAGAUUUGGGUCUUCAUUAUGAAAAAAUACAUGCAUGCCCUAAUGAUUGCAUGUUAUUUUGGAAAGACAAUGCAAAGGCCGAUAAUUGCUUUAUUUGUGGGGCUUCUCGAUGGAAAGUUGUUGAUUCUUCCUUAACUAAUACAAGCUCUAAAAUUCCAGUAAAGGCUUUAAGGUACUUUCCCUUAAAGCCUAGGCUUCAGAGGAUAUUCAUGUGUCCUGAAACAGCUAUUGCAAUGAGAUGGCAUGCUAAUGAACGACCCACUGAUGGGAAUAUGAGGCAUCCUGCUGAAGGAGAAGCUUGGAAGGAUUUUGAUUCUCUACACCCAGACUUCUCCAGAGAUCCACGUAAUAUUAGGUUGGGUCUUUCAAGUGAUGGUUUCAACCCAUUUCGAACCAUGAGCAUUUCUCAUAGCACGUGGCCUGUCAUGUUAAUGAACUAUAAUUUAUCACCAUGGAUUUGCAUGAAGCCAGAAUAUAUCAUGUUGUCAAUGAUCAUUCCAGGUCCUUCAUCUCCAGGAAAUGAUAUAGAUGUGUAUCUACAACCAUUAAUUGAAGAAUUGAAGGAACUAUGGGAAACUGGGAUAGAAACAUAUGAUGCUGAGACAAAGCAAACAUUCCAAAUGCGUGCAGCCUUAUUGUGGACAGUUAGUGAUUUUCCAGCUUUAGCAAUGCUUUCAGGCUGGAGCACCAAGGGUAGAUUGGCAUGCCCCACUUGUAAUUACGACACAUGCUCACGAUAUCUCAAACAUAGUCAUAAGAUGUGUUACUUGGGUCAUCGAAGAUUUUUGCCUCUUGAUCAUCCAUCGAGAAAAGAUAAGAAGUCAUUUGAUGGUAAUGAGGAGCAUAGACAUGCACCUACUCCUUUGUCGGGUGUGGAAGUAUUUGAAGAGCUCCGUGAAUUCGACAAUGUCUUUGGAAAGGGAAAAAAGAAAAGACCUCGAGAUAAAAAGGGUCCGUGGAAAAAAGGAUCUAUUUUUUUUGAAUUGCCAUAUUGGGCGCAUAAUAAAUUGAGGCACAAUCUUAAUGUGAUGCACAUCGAGAAAAACAUAUGUGACAGUUUACUUGGGACUUUAUUGGAAAUGGAAAAAAAGUCAAAGGAUCAUGUAAAUUCUUGCUAUGACUUACAAGAAAUGGGGAUACGAAAGGAGCUACAACCAAGAGAAGAUGAUGAUGGUAGUGUGAGUUUGGCUAAAGCUUGUUUCUACAUGAAACCAGAACAGAAAAAUUUGUUUUGCACCGUUAUGAAAAAUGCCAAGUUACCAAAAGGGUGUGCUUCGAAUAUUUCAAAUCGCGUGCAAGUGAAGGAGAUGAAAAUAUCAGGGUACAAGAGUCAUGAUGCUCAUUUUAUAAUGCAUUACUUGCUCCAGGUUGCUGUUAGAAAGGCGUUGCCCAAGAACGUCUCGUUGGCCUUGAUUAGGUUGGGCAAUUUCUUUAGAGCCAUAUGUAGUAAGGUCAUAAGGCGAAGAGAUCUUGAAAAAAUGCAGUCUGAAAUUGUUGAAAUAACUUGUGAGCUUGAAAAGAUUUUUCAUCCAACAUUUUUUGACAUAAUGCCACAUUUCCCUAUUCAUUUGGUGAAUGAAAUUAAGCUUCGGGUCCGGCUCAUCUUCGUUGGAUGUGCAGUAACUGAAGAAAGGGAAGAUGGAGAAGGUGGAGCAACUCAAGAAAGGGAAGAUGGAGAUAUUGAAAUGAAUAAUCGUUGCUUCGGACAGAGGAAAAACCGUUGCGAUAGCUGGAUCUAUAGCAACGGUGUUGUCAACCGUUGCCAAAACCGUUGCUGUAGAUCUAUUGGCACGCGAGCGGAUGUCACGGUCGCUGAACCGUUCCAAUACAUCUAUGGCAACGGUUGGCCUAUCAAUUGCAACGGUUUACCUGCUGUUGCCAUAGGCCUAUUUUCCAGUAGUUAG